GGUCCCGGAGCGGAGCAGGCCCGGGCUCUCCUGCCUGAGAGAGGGCACCAUGGGCCGCUACCGCGUCCGCGUGGCCACCGGGGCCUGGCUCUACUCGGGAUCGCACAACCGAGUGGGGCUGUGGCUGGUUGGGACGCGCGGGGAGGCGGCCCUGGAGCUGCAGCUGCGGCCGGCGCGGGGCGAGGAAGAGGAGUUUGACUUCGAUGUUCCGGAGGACUUGGGGACGCUGCAGUUCGUGAAGCUGCGCAAACAGCACUCACUGGUGGACGAUGCCUGGUUCUGCGACCGCAUCACGGUUCAGGGCCCUGGAGCCUGCACAAAGGUGGCCUUCCCCUGCUACCGCUGGGUGCAGGGCGAGGGCAUCCUCACGGUGCCGGAGGGUACAGCCCGGCUGGCUGAAGACAAUGCCUUGGAUGCCUUCCAGAAGCAUCGAGAGAAGGAACUGAAGGAAAGACAACAGACAUACUGCUGGGCCACCUGGAAGGAAGGUUUGCCUCAGACAAUAGCUGCAGACUCUAAGGAUGACCUACCGCCAAAUAUGAGAUUCCAUGAGGAGAAGAGGCUGGACUUUGAGUGGACACUGAAGGCUGGGGCUCUGGAGAUGGUUCUCAAACGUGUUUACACCCUUCUGAGAAGCUGGGACCACUUAGAAGACUUUGAUCAGAUCUUCUGGGGACAGAAGAGUACCCUGGCUGAGAUGGUUCACCAAUCCUGGCAGUCUGAUGAGCUUUUUGGCUACCAGUUCCUCAAUGGCGCCAACCCCAUGCUGUUGAGACGUUCUACCUCUCUGCCCUCCAGGCUGGUGCUGCCCUCGGGGACAGAGGAGCUUGAAGCCCAGUUGGAGAAAGAACUCCAGAAUGGUUCCCUAUUUGAGGCCGACUUUAUCCUGCUGGAUGGAAUUCCAGCCAAUGUGAUCAGAGGAGAGAAGCAGUACCUGGCUGCCCCCCUUGUCAUGCUGAAGAUGGACUGCAAAGGGAAGCUGCUACCCAUGGUCAUCCAGAUUCAGCCUCCCGAUUCCAGAUCGCCACCUCCAACGCUGUUCCUGCCUUCAGAUCCUCCACUUGCCUGGCUCCUGGCCAAGAUAUGGGUCCGGAAUUCAGAUUUCCAACUGCAAGAACUCCAAUUUCAUUUGUUGAACACUCAUCUAGUGGCUGAGGUCAUCGCGGUUGCCACCAUGAGGUGCCUCUCAGAACUGCACCCUAUCUUCAAGCUCCUGGUCCCUCAUAUCCGCUAUACGUUGGAAAUCAACACCCGGAGCCGGACCCAGCUCAUCUCAGACGGAGGAAUAUUUGAUCAGGUAGUGAGCACAGGUGGAGGGGGCCAUGUGCAGUUGCUCCGACGAGCCAUGACUCAGCUGACCUACCGCUCCCUCUGUCCUCCUGAUGACCUGGCUGACCGCGGCCUGCUGGGAAUCCCAAGUGCUCUGUAUGCUCAGGAUGCUUUACGGCUGUGGAUAGCCAUUGCGCGGUACGUGGAGGGAAUUGUUCACAUCUUCUACCAGAGCGAUGAUGUUGUGAAGGGGGACCCUGAGCUGCAGGCCUGGUGUCGAGAAAUCACGGAGGUGGGGCUGUGCCAGGCCCAGGACCGAGGUUUCCCUAUCUUCUUCCAGUCCCAGGCUCAGCUCUGCCAUUUCCUUACCAUGUGUAUCUUCACAUGCACUGCCCAGCACGCUGCCAUCAACCAGGGCCAGCUGGACUGGUAUGCAUGGGUCCCUAAUGCCCCAUGCACAAUGCGGAUGCCCCCACCCACCAACAAGGAGGAUGUGACAAUGGCCAUGGUGAUGGGGUCACUACCUGAUGUCCAGAAGUCCUGUCUUCAAAUGACCAUCUCAUGGCAUCUGGGUCGCCGACAACCAGACAUGGUACCUCUAGGGCAUCAUAAAGAAAAAUAUUUUUCAGACCCCAAGGUCACAGCUAUGCUAAGCCAAUUCCAAACAGAUCUGGAAAACCUGGAAAAUGAGAUUUCAGCCCGGAAUGAGCAACUUGACUUACCUUAUGAAUACCUCAAGCCCAGCCGCAUAGAAAACAGUAUCACGAUCUGAGGCCUAAGUUGCCACCUCGUGGAAGAGUUCCUAUCACCUUUAGGACUGACCUUUCCACCUUGACUUGAUGCCCUCCUAAGGCUCUGCUGAAUAAGGCUCUAACUCCUUCCUCAGUUAAGCACUCCACAUCAGUAUCCUAAUAGCCCAGAACGCAUUCAAUUUUCUUGCUCUAAUGAGCCAGGUAAUAUUUCAGGCUUUGCAGACCACACAGUGAUUCAGUUCUCACACUGUAGCAUUAAUGCCGCCUCAGACAUUAUGUCUGUAAAUGCAUGUAACUAUGUUCCAAUAAAACUUUAUCUGUGGGCACAGAUAUGAACUUCA